GGCCGUUUAUUGUCAAUUGUCAACUAGCGGGACGGCGUAUAGCCAAGCUACUCCCCAGUCCCACUCAAAGUCAUGGAGAACUCGCCCGUCGUGUGGACCAAGCUGCCGUUGGGCCAAUACGAAGUUAUAAGAUUUAAAUACGGUGUACAGGGUAUACAUCCUAUCUUAUUGCAGAAUUGGUCCACUGGUCGAUCUCUUUCGGUUUACGGGUUGGUCAAAAAAAUCAAAGAGAAAAAAAAGACCCGUCGCCGUAAUUCUACGUCUUAUUAUUAGUUGUCUGAAGACAAAGGAAAAAGAUAACAAUUGAUCGAGUCAUAAAGAUCACUUGGGGCCCUCUUCUUCCAAACAGAAGCUGAAUUGAAUUGGCUUCCCUUUGCCUGCGCGUCCGGUCAUCAUGGUGUCGACAUCAGACGGUAUCCCCAUAGCGGGCAUGAUUCUAUCGACCAUUCUGUCUAUGAUUACCGUGGGCAUCUUGUCGGUUUGCUUUGUACGUCGUGCCCAAACGAUUACCAACUGGUCCCGAGUGCCCCUAGGCCGAUGGAUGAUAUUCGCCAUUUACAUCGACUCUAUCAUCUAUGUUGCCUCCACGGCAAUUCUCGAGCAUGGCGUCGGGCUGGAUCGCUCUCGGAGCUCGUGCGAAGUAGCGAUUCUGCUGUGUCUGACCUCAUAUCUUUCCACCAAACUGAUAUACUUUUUUCUCGUGGAAAAAGCGCAUCUGACGCGGAGCACCCGUGCGCCUCGUCUCAAGUCCAAGCUAUACUGCUUUAACUGCUUCGGCAUGAUGGUGCCGUACUGUGUUCUCGGGCUCAUGAACAUCAUCUAUCGCUUCUCAUACUUGGACCAAGGGGGAGUUUGCGUUAUUGGGAUGGACAUGAAGGUCAUGCUGCCGCUCAUCAUCUUUGAUGCCACCAUCAAUAUCUAUCUCACCCUGCUGUUUGUCCUUCCGUUACGAAGCCUCUAUUCGUACAAAGCCAGUCCGGACUCGGUCGUUCGCGUUAUCGCCAUCCGUUCAUUCCUCGGCAGUGUGGGCACGAUGACCUCAAGCAUUGUCAACCUGACCGUUCUGAUGGUCCUUCAGGGCGAACAGGCGUGGAUCUGCUUCAUGUGCUGCAACGCCGAGGUGUUAUUUUCCAAUCUCGUCCUCCAUUGGGUGACGUCCCGCGAUAAAAUCAACGCCUCGUCCGCAGGCAACUACCCACGCCCCAGCAAUGGGUACGGAUCCAGCAACGCGACGGGCGUGUUCCCCUCGAAACAGUCGCGGCGGUUCGUCGACCCCGCCGUCGAAGCAAGUAUCACGACGCACAUCUCCGCGCUGGACUCUCGGCACGACCCCGUGGAAAACGAUGCCCUGGAGCUUGCGGCUGUGCGGAACCAGCACCACAAACCCUGUCAUAAUACCAGGGAGCAGCGCGGUGGCAGCGAUGAUAAGAGCAAGUCACUAGGCAGGAUCAACGUCGAGGUCGAGCAGACGGUCGAGUUUGAAAUGCGGGGGGGGAGCGCCAGUCAGUCGGAUGAAGAGCGGUUGGUGCGGAAAUAAAAUCAUUGCAUUGCAAGUAUGCCGGUUAUGUAUCAUAUGC